CCUGUUUUCCCUCUUGCAUUCAAAUGUUUUCAUGUGAAAACGCCAUAAACCCUAAAAUCUGGUGCUACUUACUGAGUGAUCAUGUUUUCGUGUGGAACUAAGAAGAACAAUGCGAGGUCUUGGAGAGAGCAAGGUCGCGGCUCCACGCUACUGUAUUCUCCGGUCACUCCAGCACGAACCUCCUUCAACGAUAACGCCGUCCCCAAUCGCCCAAACACCGGCACACCCGCUCCCUGGGCUCCUCGCUUAUCUGUUCUUGCUAGGGUUCCUCAGGUUAAUACAAGUGGAAAAGGGGACGACACUGAUCCUACCAAACCUGUUUUUGUCGGGGAGUUUCCCCAACUGGUUCGUGAUGAGCAGGCCACCUUGCUGCACAAACGAGUUCCCGUUGAAGAUCGCCCGUCUGGCGGGAUUGACAAGAGCACAUCCCUUGCUUGGAUUAUUUGUGGAAACAGGGUCUUCGUUUGGAGUUACUUGUCGCCUGCGUCUUCCAUGAAAUGUGUUGUUCUUGAAAUUCCAUUGAAUGAUGCUGAUGUUGGCAAAAAGGAUGCUGGUAGUUGGUUGCUGUGCAUUGUUAAUUGUGAUCCCGCGUCUAUGGGAACAAAUAAAGUUGCAAAACAUUGCAACUCUGCUGCUGUUGUUUUGUGUAAUAGACACACUCGGGCUGUUAUAUACUGGCCGGACAUAUAUUCUCGAUCACUUGAUCCAGUCACAAGUCUUGCAUCUUCUGAUGAGUUGGAUACAUUUUUGACUCCUGAUGGAAAAACGUCCUUCAACAGGCAGCGCCGACAAAGUAAACUGGGAAGUAGUUCAAAUGGGUUGCACAUUUUUAACUCUCUGAUUGCUUCUGCUGCCCCUGGUUGUAAUUCUGUAUGUGUUGCCCUUGCGUGUAGCUCAAGUGGUGAACUCUGGCAGUUUCAAUGCACUCCUAAGAGCAUUCAUCGAAGGAAAGUAUUUGAAAAUAUUAUGCAUUUCCCUCUCCAACGGGGUGAGUCAGGUCAACUUGUGAGCAGUGUAGGGUACCCAAGGUCUCUGACAUGGUGUUUACCACAGCAUUCUAGCCAGGAAUCAAAUAGGCAAUUCUUGAUGUUGACAGACCGCGAGAUACAGUGUUUCAGAGUAGAGUUUGGUUCUGAUAUGCAUAUUUCAAAGCUUUGGUCUCAGGAAAUUGUUGGAACAGAUGCCGAGGUUGGCAUCAAGAAGGAUCUGGCUGGGCAAAAGAGAAUAUGGCCUCUUGAUGUGCAGGUAGAUGAUCGUGGUAAAGUGAUUACCAUACUUGUUGCAACCUUUUGCAAUGACCGGAUUAUCAGUUCAAGCUACAUGCAGUACUCGCUUCUGUCCAUGCAAUAUAAAUCAGGGUUGGGGGUAGAGACUGCAAACGACAGGAUUUUGGAGAAAAAGGCCCCUAUUGAAGUGGUAAUCCCGAAAGCUCGAGUUGAAGAUGAAGACUUCUUGUUUUCCAUGAGGCUUCGGAUAGGGGGCAAGCCGGCAGGAUCUUCGGUCAUCAUAUCUGGGGAUGGAACAGCAACUGUCUCCCAUUAUUAUAGAAACUCUACACAACUCUAUCAAUUUGAUUUACCCUACGAUGCUGGAAAAGUACUAGAUGCUUCAAUCCUUCCUUCUGCAGAUGAUUAUGAAGAAGGCGCCUGGGUUGUGUUAACAGAGAAAGCAGGAAUAUGGGCAAUACCAGAGAAAGCUGUCAUACUUGGAGGGGUUGAACCACCUGAGCGGAGCUUAUCACGCAAAGGCAGCUCAAAUGAAAGAUCGGCACAGGAAGAGAUAAGAAAUCUUACAUUUGCAAGUAAUUUUGCUCCUAGAAGGGCUAGCUCAGAAGCAUGGGGUACUGGAGAUAAACAAAGGGUGGUUUUGAGUGGCAUCGCACGCCGAACUGCCCAAGAUGAAGAAUCAGAAGCUUUAUUGAAUCAUCUUUUUAAUGAAUUUUUGUCAUCUGGGCAAGUUGACAGGUCUCUUGAAAAGCUAGAAACCUCUGGUUCAUUUGAAAGGGAUGGAGAAACAAAUGUUUUUGUACGGUUGAGCAAAUCAAUUAUUGACACCUUAGCUAAACACUGGACAACAACCAGAGGUGCAGAGAUUUUGGCCAUGGCUGUUGUUUCCACCCAACUCAUGGAAAAGCAGCAGAAGCAUCAAAAGUUCCUUCAUUUUCUGGCCUUAUCCAAAUGCCAUGAGGAGCUGUGUUCUAGGCAGAGACAUUCCUUGCAAAUUAUCUUGGAGCAUGGUGAAAAGUUAUCUGCAAUGAUUCAGCUGAGAGAGCUGCAAAAUCUGAUUAGUCAGAAUCGUACAGCUAGUGUUGGCUCCUCCCAUUCUGGCGUAGAUAUUCAGAUGUCAGGUGCCCUUUGGGACAUGAUACAGUUAGUAGGUGAGAGGGCACGGCGGAAUACUGUACUUCUGAUGGACAGAGAUAAUGCUGAAGUUUUCUAUAGCAAGGUUUCCGAUCUUGAAGAUUUCUUUUACUGCUUAGAUGCAGAACUAGAACAUGUUUUAAAAUCAGAGCACCCAUUUGGAGUCCAAAUCCAGAGGGCAUGUGAGCUGUCAACUGCAUGUGUUACCAUAAUUAAGACAUGCUUCAACUAUAAGAAUGAGAAUCGAUUAUGGUAUCCGCCUCCUGAAGGCUUAACACCUUGGUAUUGUCAACCUGUUGUACGGAAAGGGAUUUGGGGUGUUGCUUCUAUCCUCCUUCAGUUGUUAAAAGAAAUAUCCAGGCUUGAUAAAACAUCACAAUUAGAUUUGUAUAAUCAUUUAGAAGAACUAGCUGAAGUACUACUUGAGGCAUAUUCUGGUGCUGUUACUGCUAAAAUUGAGUGUGAAGAAGAACACAGGGGUCUAUUAAAUGAAUACUGGGAGAGGCGAGAUGUGCUUCUUGAGUCUCUCUAUCAAAAAGUUAAAGAAUUUCAAGCUACUGAAAAGGAUUCAAUUGAAGGAGCUGAAGAGCAAAAUUCAGAAGCCAUUUUGAAGGUUACUUCACAUCUGCUAUCAAUUGCUAAACGGCAUGAAUGCUACAAAGUUAUGUGGACAAUAUGCUGUGAUGUAAAUGACUCAGAGUUAUUGAGAAAUAUUAUGCAUGAAAGCUUGGGACCUAAUGGGGGAUUUAGUUAUUAUGUCUUUAAGAAACUUCAUGAAAGCAGACAAUUUUCUGAGCUUUUAAGGCUAGGGGAAGAAUUUCCAGAAGAGCUAUCCAUUUUCCUGAAGGAGCAUCCUGAUCUUCUCUGGCUUCAUGAUUUGUUCCUUCAUCAGUUUUCCUCUGCUUCAGAAACACUGCAUGCAUUGGCUCUCGCACAAAACAUUCAAUCAACCUCAGUUGCUGAGGAGGAGGGAGAACCAGUGUAUAUGAAGACAGAAUUCAAAUUGUCUGAAAGAAAGAAACUUUUAUAUCUCUCAAAAAUUGCUGCCUUUGCAGCUGGUAAAGAUGCUGGUAUUCAAGUGAAGGUGGACCGCAUUGAGGCUGAUUUGAAGAUUCUAAAAUUACAGGAGGAAGUAAUGAAACAUCUCCCUUCCAUUGAAGACAAGCAACUUGUUGAAGAUCAGCUGCUUCAUCCAGAAGACUUGAUUAAACUAUGCCUAGAUGGUGAAGAACGAGAACUCCCAUUGUGGGCCUUUGAUGUGUUUGCAUGGACCAGUUCAUCGUUUCGGAAGAUCCACAGAAAACUUUUGGAGGAUUGCUGGAAGAAUGCUGCCAGUCAAGAUGAUUGGAGUAAAUUGUAUGAUUCAUACACAGUUGAAGGAUGGAGUGACGAGGAAAUCCUGCAAAACUUGAAAAAUACUAUACUUUUCCAGGCUUCAAACAGGUGUUACGGACCCCAAAAUGAAACUUUUGAAGAAGGGUUUGACCAAGUGUUGCCCUUGAGGCAAGAAAACAUGGAGACUUCUAUUCUGGGGGAUAUGAGUUCUUCAGUUGAAAAAAUAUUAAUGCAGCACAAGGAUUAUCCAGUCGCAGGCAAGCUUAUGCUAAUGGCAAUCAUGUUGGGCAGUGAGCAUCAUGGUGAUAUCAGAAUAGAAGAAGGGCCUUCGCCUAUGGAAUAGCGUGGCCAAAAGAUUAUUGCUAACUGUAAUACAAACUGGUAUAGGUUUUGUACUAGCAAGACAUGGGGGGAAUGCAGUUGUGUUCGUUUCUCUUUUGUAGGCAUUGCAUUCACAACUUAACCAUGGAUGAUUAUCAGUAAUGGUGUUGGAUGGAAGUCUAAGUAGUACAAAUACGCCAAUAUUAUAAGAGAAAUGCUUAUUGUAUAUGAUACUAACACCAUUCCUGGAUCUCACUUUUUAUUUUUUC